AUGGGCAUUCCCAAUGCUUCUUGCGUUCUGAUCCCAUCCCCACCUAAUUCUUGUUCUGACCCUGACUCUUUCUUCUGCAUGACAGCUUCUACAGCUCUCGCGGCCAGCAGCCAGCAAUUGGCGCCCUUUCAGAAUUAUGCACCCGCGAUACAUGACGCCGAUUCCCUAUCCUUGAAUUUCGACCUCUCCAGCGAUCCUGAUGGCAAGAUUGGGAGCGUUGCUGAAACCUUCCCUCUGAUAACCAUCCCCAUCCUCCCCAUCCCCAUGCGCCUCUGGCUAGUUCACCAGGCGAUGGGGCAAUUUCUUCUUCCUCUUUUUACUACAUCUCGCCUUUAA